AUGCCAUCACCUUUACUCGAAUCCCCUAUACGAUGCGAGAUUUUAGAGGCAACACUAGAUGAUUCCCCAAACUACAUCGCCUUAUCCUACGCUUGGGACUCCCAUGAGGGAAAAGUGUCGGUCAUUUGCAAUGGAAGCUGUUUGACAGUCACACCGAACUGUGCUCGAGCUCUGCGCCAAAUACGCGAAAUAUACGGCAAAUGGCACGCCGUCAAUGUGUGGGUGGACGCUAUCUGCAUCGAUCAAGGAAGCGACACAGACGCUCUGGGUGAGCGAUCGCAGCAGAUUCAAAUCAUGGGAGAAGUAUACAAGAGGGCAACACAUGUAAUUGCCUGGCUAGGA